UAUUCCAACAAUAGAAGAUAUGCAGACAACUGCAGACACCAACAGAGCCCCUCCUCAUGAGCUGUCCAUGUCUACCCAAUAAGUCGCGGUGACGGAUUCGAAAACUUCUCGGGAUCGUCGCCAACUGAGGGGCUGCGGAGCAUCAUCCCACUCGGCCGUUGAUUAGAUGGAAAUUUCUCCCCCCACCAACCCAUUGAUUCUUUUAUAACCUGCAAAACAGCCCUUUUUCUGUUCCUUAUUCUCCAUCUUCUCUCAAAAAACCCUUCCAUCUGAUCUAAGUAACCAUGCGGAAUCACAUCUGCUACCUGCCUAAUGGCCUCUCCUUCACCGUGUCGUCGGUGUUUGGCGGCGUCAAUUUCAAAUCUAACGACAUGAAAUUGACCAACUCGAUCGUUCCUCCGGGUUGGAAUAUCGUCCUGUCGACCGAUAGACGAGAGACAGCAAAAGAAGACCGUCCAAACAGUCGUCAAAGCGACAAGGAUCAAGAUCCGGGCUUCACGCGAUUCACCUCCCCAACCCUCCGCCACGACAGCCUGUACCUCUCGUCCAUCGUCGACCCCCCCAGCACGGAAUACAAGGCCGUCAGCUCGCACGCGCGCCAGGUCGCCAUGAUGCUCUGGGUCACCCUGUGGUGGUACUUCCACGAGCCGCAGCCCGACGCGCACCUCCACAACGAGGCCUCGGCCGCGACGCCGCACCAGGGCAAGCCCAAGGGCGAAUGGCGCGUGGCCAUCAAGCGCGAGGGUAUCUUCAAGGGUCGCAACGUCGUGCAGAAGCUCGAGCGCAUGGGCCUCGUCGCCAGCGAGGACUCAUCCGCCGGCGAAAACCCACUCGACCUCUCCGCCUGGGACGACCUCUUCGUCAGCCGCCGCAGCUUCUGGCAGAUCGACCCGCGCAUCUUCAUCUUCACCAUGAGCCCACUGCACGUCCGGCGCGCGAUCGCCAACCGCCCGCUGUCCCCCGGCGUCGGAUCCCCCACCGCAGACGGCGUGUCCGUCACUACGAACGACAUCUUCGCGCGCCUGUCCACCUCCACUGAAGCGCACUACACCCCGUCCGAAGGACCCUACGCCUCCAGCAGCCACCACCCGACGUACUUCCCCCCGCCGCCAACGCAAUACACAUUCACGAACGGCGUCCGGCAUCCGAUCCGCCCCAAGCCCCCCCACAAAGGCGACGUCUUCUACAUCCGCUACAUCCCCAGCGUGCAGCAGUACAUCUCCUUCCGGGUGGCAUCCCUCCCCCCUCCCCCCUCCGCCACCACAACCCCCAGACCCACCUCCCCCGGCGCCAUCCACCACCACGCCUACAGCGCCUCCUCCUCGAGCCUCAACUCGCAGAUCCAGCCCCGCGGCGAAGGCCCCUCCGACCUCGACCUGCUACACAAAUGGAUGAACGACCCCCGUGUCAACGCCUCCUGGGGCGAAGCAGGCCCCAUCUCCAAGCAGGAGGCGUUCCUGCGUCAGAAUCUCAGCGCGCGCCACAGCUUCCCUGUCAUCGGCUGCUGGGACGACAAGCCCUUCGGCUACUUCGAGCUUUACUGGGUGAAGGAGGACAGACUGGGUCCGCUGAUCGGCGGAGCGAGUAACUACGACCGCGGUAUUCACCUGCUUAUCGGCGAGCAGGAGUUUAGGGGCCCGCACCGUGUGGCGGUUUGGUUGAGCUCGCUGGUGCAUUAUUGUUUCUUGGCGGAUCCGAGGACGGAGACGGUUAUGUUGGAGCCGAGGGCGGAUAAUCAUAAGGUCAUCCACUACCUCCAACAAGCAGGCUUCUACAAAGAAGGCGAAGUCACGUUCCCGCAUAAACAGUCCGCUUUGAUGAAGAUCAAGCGUGAUCAGUGGGAGUGUCCUGCUAUUUAGUUUUCCUACUGUAUACUUCGUCGUUUUUAUGCUUUCAUCCAUAUAUGCCCAUAUGAAUUCGUUCAUAUAUUCAUGUGUAUGUAUGUAUGUAUGUGUGUAUGGAUAAAUGAGACGGGCGGAGAUAGAGAGAGGCUAGCGAGACUAAGAUAUUUGGUGUAUAUACAUACGUAUGUUGUCUUGUCUUGUGCAUGGAUUGCUGAAUACUCUACUCUACUCUUUACUCUUCACUCUACUAUUGUCAAUCUACUACGACCUACAUAAGACCUCAACACCUAACUUAUGUCAUCUACAAUCUAUACUCCUAUAAUACUACCCAC